AUGCCCGAGCUAAAUAUCAAAAAUGCUCGUGAAGCGUCUUCGAAUCUAACUUCAAGAGUUGCUAACGAUCCGGAGCAUCAAAGUCAUACAAAGAAUGAAUCACCAGCGCCAGCAUUGUUUGUCGUGGAUCCUGUGCAAUUGCAUUGCGACCAUAGGUCUCGGACCAGACCUUCCAGAAAAGAGGGGUGGUGGAAUUUCUUGGAUCUAGCUAUUUACCUCUCGAGUUAUGCCCUCAACAGUCUCUUGAUUAUCGUAUCAGCCACAUUUUACAUGAAGACAGGAUUUAUUUAUUGUGACUGCAUUGCAUCCGCGUGUAUUGGUGUGAUGAUGUUCACAACAAUACUCCCUCUUUUGAAGAAAAGUGCAUCAAUCUUACUGGAGAGCUCUCCAUCUGACCUGGACAUGAAUCUAGUGGUCAAUGACAUUGAAAAAGCUCACAACGUGGAGCGAGUGACUGGGAUUCAUGUUUGGCAGUUGACUGAAUAA